GGCGCCUGGCGGCGGGGCCCGCGGCUCCAUCUAGGCACCGCCGCGUCAGGAAAGUAGGAGGAGGAGGGCUUUCUCUUUUUAUUAUUCCCCUCCUCUUUCUCUUUUCCAGCCAGUGAAGAGUGUCUGCCCCCUUUGAACCGCGCACCGGCACGCACGCACACGCGUUCGGCGGCCGGCUAUAAAUAAGUUAAGAGGCGGGCAGAGGGCGAGCAGUGCUCGUCUCCCGGCGGGCCGGGCGGCUGAGCGGCCCCAUGGCGUGCCUGGAGCGCUGCCACUGCUGCGCGGACGGCCGGCGGCACGGCAGCAUCCUCUACAGCAUCCUCAAGAGCCACGAGCAGGCGGCCGAAGGGCCGGGGCCGCGGCGGGGGCAGGCGGGGCGCGGCUGCUCGUGCGGCUCGCAGCGGCGGGUGGCCCUGAAGAGCCCGCAGGUGGCCUGCAAGGCGGCCUCGGCCGUGCUGGUGAAGACGCUGCGCUUCGUGCAGAACGUGCCCUGCUUCCAGGAGCUGCCCCUGGACGAGCAGCUGGUGCUGGUCCGCAGCUGCUGGGCGCCUCUGCUCGUGCUGGGGCUGGCGCAGGAACGGGUGCACCUGGAGACGGUGGAGAGCGCGGAGCCCAGCAUGCUGCAGCGGAUCCUCACCACCCGGCGGCACGGCGAGCACGUCCCGGCCCCCGGCCGGCAGCACCCGUCUUCGGCCGGCGAGAUCCAGGCCAUCAAGGGCUUCUUGGCCAAGUGCUGGAGCCUGGACAUCAGCACCAAGGAGUAUGCCUACCUCAAGGGGACGGUGCUCUUCAACCCGGAUCUACCUGGCCUGCAGUGCACACAGUACAUUGAAGGACUGCAGAGGGAAGCACAACAAGCUCUAAAUGAACAUGUCAGGCUCAUUCACAGAGGUGACCAAGCCAGAUUUGCCAAGCUGAAUGUUGUUCUAUCCUUGUUACGAUCUAUUAACGCUAAUGUGAUUGCUGAACUGUUCUUCAGGCCCAUCAUUGGAGCAGUGAACAUGGAUGACAUGCUUUUGGAAAUGCUUUGUGCAAAAUUAUGAAGGUGUGUAAAAUAAUGAAAAUAAAUGCAAUGCAAAGGAACUCUUAGAGCAGAGUAGUGUAAAGUACUGUAAAUAAACUAACUUAUUGUUUUUACAUAGAUAGUAUUUUUGUAUUCAGUAAUAAAAUAGUCUUUAAGUUCUGGAAUUAAUUUUUAUUAAACACGGUGUUUUUGCAUUAAGAUUACAGUCAUCAGAAUAAGAUUUGAAGUUGUGAAGAAUGUUCAUAUCCAAAGUCAACUGGCUAUUCUUUUACCAUGUCUAAGAAUAAAGAUCAUACAUACUAUACUAUA